GAUCCAAGUGCAAAGCGUGAACACAAGUCGGAGCAAUUGGAAAUCCUUCCGUCGUUCUGCUUUCUCCUAUGUGACGUGAACGCAACACUACGUCAUCGCGUGCAGAUUACUCUUGUCACUGAGCCUAUCUGAAUUCGUAGUGUUGUCGGCUACAUGACUGUGGCAAUGGUGCCUAGAUACUGUUGCAAACUGUCAAAUUGACCGAUUAAACAUCAAAUACAAAAUCGACUCGAGUCUUGGCCGUAAGUGAGAUGUCUGUGAGAGAAACAGGUGCGAGCUCCGUGGGCAAACCGCCGGACCAGGAUGAAGUCACAGCGGAGGUGUGCCGGACGUCAGAUCUGCAGGACGGACAGAUGGUGGAGGUGGAGGUGGGUGAACAGCGGGUGCUGCUGGUGAGGAGUGAGGGGGAGUUCAGUGCCGUUGGGAACCUCUGCACACACUAUGGUGCUCCGCUCAGCAAAGGUGCAUUAUGGGGAAGCAGGGUACGGUGUCCAUGGCAUGGGGCCUGCUUCAAUGUUAAGACUGGAGACAUAGAAGAAUAUCCAGGACUGGACAGUUUGGCCUGUCACAAGGUGACGGUUGAGAACAACAAAGUAUUUGUGUCGAUUAGCAGAAAGUCCCUGAAGCAGGUUAAACGGGUGAAGCCAAUGGGCUGCAGGGUGGCAGAGGUGAACCACACGGUGCUGCUGAUUGGAGGAGGCCCCGCCUCUUUGUUGUGUGCUGAGACGCUGCGGCAAGAGAACUAUGGAGGCAGAAUCGUCAUGGUGAGCAGUGAAGACCUGCUGCCCUACGACAGAACCAAGCUGAGCAAGGUGUUGAAUGUGGACUGGAACAGCAUUCUCUUAAGGCAGAGGGAGUUUUUCCAGCAACAUGACAUCGAGGUGUGGACUCAGAAACAGGUGGAGUCCGUGGAUACGAAGCAGGGGUCAGUGACUCUGAGUGACGGUUCAGUGCUUCACUAUGACCAGCUCCUUAUCGCAACGGGCUGCAGGCCUCGGCCAAUCAGCUGCCCCGGUGCAGACCUGAGGGGGGUGAGGGUGCUGCAGACUGCAGCCGACGCCCUGGACAUCCACCAGGCCUGCCAGGGCCGCAAGGCCGUCAUCAUAGGCUCCUCCUUCAUCGGUAUGGAGGUGGCCUCUUACCUGCAGGAUAAGGCCUCCAGUGUGGCUGUGGUGAGCAGCAGCGAGGUCCCCUAUCAGAGAACCCUGGGGACUGAGAUCGGCAGAGCAACUAUGAAGAUGCUCGGAGAAAAGAAGGUGGAGUUCUACAUGUGUGAUGGCGUGGCGGAGAUCAGAGGAGAGAAUGGGCAGGUGAGAGAGGUGGUGCUGAAGAGUGGGAUUGUGCUGCCAGCUGAUGUGGUUGUCGUGGGGAUUGGUGUCACCCCCAAUACUGACUUCCUGCAAGGCGGUGCUGUGGAGCUGGAUUCCAGGCAAGCUGUGAUUGCAGACAAGUUCAUGAGGACCACUGUGCCCAAUGUUUUCUCUGCUGGUGAUGUCACCUCCUUCCCUCUCAGCCUGCGUGGGAACCAGAGGGUUAACAUCGGCCACUGGCAGCUAGCACAAGCCCAGGGGAGGAUUGCUGCAUUAAACAUGCUGAAUCGCCAGGUUCAGCUGAACUCUAUACCCUUCUUCUGGACUGUGCUGCUUGGCAAAAGCCUCCGAUACACAGGCUAUGGUGAAGGAUAUACUGAUAUUGUGCUGAAAGGAAAAGUUGAAGAAAUGAAAUUUCUGGCAUUUUAUAUCAAGGACGGGGAAGUGGUGGCCGCAGCCAGCUUGAACCAUGACCCCGCAGUUUCCCAGGUAGCAGAGAGGAUGGCGGCAGGGAAGCUGAUCACAAAGGCCCAAGCAGAAUCUGAGGACCUGAGCUGGCUGACACUCCCCUGACCCCUGACCCCUGACCUGCAGACAUGCAGGCGGUAUUCUCUCCUCCCUCUCAGGCAGCAUAGCAAUGCUGCGGUUACUAUGGUGCCUGUGAUGUACUACAGAAGCAGGGUUGUCUACCCCAAUACUACAGCAUAUAUUUGAGAUCUGUGCUUCUGUUUGUCGGACGUGUCCGGAGUGGUGUUUUCAGAAGCAGUGAGUUACCUAUUGGUAUCAGCAUCUAUGGUAGCAACACUCAACUGAAUGUAUUAAACUGUUUUCAGUGGC